UACGCAUAUGGAAUGGAUAAGCCUUUUUCCUACAUGCUUUGCCUCAAUGACUAAACCUGGCUAUAGAUUUGUGUAGACAAUGCUCAAAGAUGCUCAUUAGAUCCUGGUUUCCUUAAAAAAAAAAAAAAAACUUUUUUACUGACCCAGUUUCAAGAACUGAUCUAAUGAACUGUCUGUCUUCCCUGGCCUCAAUAACCAUAACUCAGUGUGCCUUGGCGUUUUGGUUUAACCUUGAUGCGCCUUAGCUCCAAAAAGGUUGAGAACCUCCAACCUACACUAUGAUAUGAGGAUUUCCCGCAUCAUGCAGCUCACAGCUCGUGCAUGCUCCAAAAUCGGCUAGUACGAAUUAAUUCACAUCGUGAACUGUGUGCCAUAAUGAAUCGACGUCAUGGAUAGGACAUCGUUCUUUCGUAGUAAAAAGACUUAUUUCUAUUGGCUGAAACUAUAGGUGUGUCAGGAGGUGUGUGCAUGCUGUAGUGUCAUUGGAGCGUCACGUCCGGGAGCGAAACGGCACGGUUCGCUACCACCAACGCGUUUUGGCAGUAGUAGGAUACUGGUGGGUGAAGAAACGUGUGUGGACUUUUCAAUAUUUCGGCCUCCUCCUGAUUCAACCGCUGCAGGCAACAAAGAGUCGUAUGGUAGAUCUGGAUUGGUCAGCUGGCUUUAAGUCUCAUGAAGGAUUCAGUGCUUGGCAUGGUUCACCACCAUGGUCGACAUGCCGAGUCCCUACAGUCCGUCCUCUAUUGGAGACUCGGUCCUGGUAAGUCCUCUGUGCGGGGACCUUAUCCAGGACUUGGGGGAGCUAGAAGAUCUCUCUCAGUCAGUGGAAGAUGAUUCUUUCAACAGCUUUGAUAUCCAUGAGCACAAGUCUUCAAGUACAGGAUCCGAGUGUUCUACUGCAUUAGAUUUUUUAACACCAGCGUCCAGUCCGACCUCUGUGGUGUUUGGAAUAGUGACCGGAGAUGAGGUGUCCUCUAGCCCUCUAAACCUGGAGUGCCGCGUUUGUGCUGAUCGUGCCUCAGGCUUCCACUAUGGGGUCCACGCAUGUGAGGGAUGCAAGGGCUUCUUCAGGAGGACCAUACGCCUUAAGUUGGAAUACGACAAAUGUGAGCGAAAUUGCAAGAUCCAGAAGAAAAACCGUAACAAAUGUCAGUACUGCCGAUUCCACAAGUGCCUUUCAGUUGGCAUGUCCCACAAUGCUAUCCGUUUUGGGCGGAUGCCCCAGUCAGAGAAGUUGAAACUGAAAGCUGAGCUGGAGACUGGAGAGAAGCAGUAUGUGGAGCCUCAGCUGGCUGAUGUGAAGGCUCUCAUUCGACUGAUCCAUGCGGCUUACUUGAAGCACUUCCCCAUGAAUAAAGCCAAAGCCAGAGUUUUUCUCACUGGCAAGACCAGUGCACCGCCGUUUGUCAUACAUGACAUGGACACUCUGCAGCUGGCAGAAAAGACGUUGCUGAUCCAGCUUUUUGGAGGCAGCGUAGACGCGGUCGGCCUUUUGCAGCGCCAGGCAGAGGGUCGGCUCUUCCACUGUUGCCAGUGCACGUCCGUGGAGACGGUCACUGAACUCACAGAGUUUGCCAAGGCUGUGCCAGGCUUCCAGGAGCUUGACCUGAAUGACCAGGUGACUUUGCUGAAGUACGGAGUACACGAGGCGCUCUUCGCCCUGCUGGCCUCCUGCAUGAACAAGGACGGGCUGCUGGUCGCGCAGGGCAGAGGCUUCAUCACGCGCGAGUUCCUCAAGAGUUUGCGCCGACCCUUCAGCGACAUGAUGGAGCCCAAGUUCCAGUUUGCCACGAAAUUCAAUGCCCUGGAGCUAGAUGACAGUGACCUGGCUUUAUUUGUAGGAACUAUCAUCUGUUGUGGAGACAGACCAGGCCUGGGCAAUGUGUCGCACAUUGAAUGCAUCCAGGAAAAUAUUAUUCAUGCACUGCGGCUCCAUCUGCUGGCCAACCAUCCAGAUGACACAUUCCUUUUCCCCAAGCUGUUGCAGAAACUGGCAGACCUUCGGCAGCUUGUGACUGAGCACGCUUGUCUAGUACAGGAGAUUAAGAAGACAGAAGAUGCCUCUUUGCACCCGCUGCUUCAGGAGAUUUACAAAGACAUGUAUUAAGCAUGGCCUUACAUCUCAGAGUGAGAUCUGGGGGGAUAUCGUCCAGGGAGGACUUCUGGGGCCUUGGUGGUUUGUGGAGAGCAGUCUAAAGUUUGGUGUCAUGAGUGGUGGUGGAGAGCUGAAAAGUACAGCCGCCUUAAUAUAGCCACAGUCGCUGUUGGUGGAGAUCAGAGAAUUGCUGGUAAGAGUACUGGUUCCUGCAGGAACAGAUUUUGCUUGUUAUUUAGGCCUAUGCAAAAAAUAUAUAGUUUUAAGUAUAUAUACUCUUUUGAUCCCGUGAGGGAAAUUUGGUCUCUGCAUUUAACCCAAUCCGUGAAUUAGUGAAACACA